CAGCAAUAGCUCAGCGCGAAGUGCUGUGCGCCAUGGCGCGUAGCUCUUUGAAGCUCACACCGGCCCUUUGGGCUCUUUGGGCCCUUUGGGCCCUUUUGGCUGGGUUUGCCUUCGUGACACCGACCGUGCGGCUGCGUGGCAUGCGUGGCACCCCCGAGAGCCUCAUAUCCAGCGGAGCACUGGUGAAGGAGCCUGCACCACGACUGGGGCAAGGCUACGCCGCGGUGUCGGUUCUAACGCUGGUAUCUUGGACCCUGUGCGCUGUGAUGGCCCUGGCACGGCACCCCGCGGUCAUCAAGCUGCCAUUGAGGCACAAUGUGCUGACUGUAGCUCAGGCACUCACACCGUUGCCUUUGGGCUGUGCAGUGCUUGGGUCUCUGACAAACUCAGCUAGUACAGAAGGGUGGUGGGCAAUGAACAGGAUGACCUAUCGCCGAUUGAACUUGGCGAUUUUCAUGCUGUCUCUGUGGCUUGCAGCCGCCACAGCAUUUGCUCCAAGUUUCGCAAGAGGCUAUCAGCUAUAUCCCAAGGGCUUUGCAGUGGGCAUCACGCUUUGCCAUUCAAUUUGUGCGGCCUAUUGCCUUACAGUGUGGCUCAAAAGCGUGAUGCCUUCGCCACAGCCUAUUGCAGGACACUACCUGCCACGCCUUGUUCGUGGCAUUGUCGGGUCCUUCUGGGCCUUGUUCCCAGCAACUUCAGAGACCUUGAGCAUCAGCUCCUCUGGCAGUGCCUCUCACCUGGAUGACCCGGAAUCCACCGCCGGCUCGGACGGGAGGAAUGAGUAUUCCAUGGCUACCGUGCUCUUCCUCUGCUUUGCAGUUAUGCCGUUCUUGGUCAGUUUCCCAUUUGCAGGGGUGGCCACCGUAGGACUGGGACCUUUGAGCCGUGCUGGCGCAGCCUGGACCUUCUUGGCAGCCGUGGCAGCCUAUGUCUUGAAGGAUGCUACACAACGUGGCCGGAUCCACAGUGGAAAGACCUUUCGCUACCUGAGGCGGACAACCAGACGAAGAUAUGAGGACUGGACAUGAGGACAUGCGUCCCCUGAGCUAUCAAUUUUCAGAGUCUAAAUUGCUUUCAGCAUGGUUUAGCUUUCAAUUUAGAGUCAAGAAAGUCUUGGCCGCCUUGGCCUUGGCUCAUUGUGUGGAUCUGUUUUUGGACUCAGGUGGGGCUUUGUGGCUUCUUCUGGAAGCCACUUGCUGCUUGUAGCCUUGACGUUUGCGGGCAUGGACGGUGGACGCGCAGCCUUGCACAAAUUCUACGCAGGGACAAUGUCCUGUCCCAAAUUAGCUUGGCUAUCUUUGGUGAUGCAUGCCUUGGUGGUCUUCGCUGCGUUGACGCCACCACCGAAGGUCGCCAAAGCUGCGAACACACCGCCUGCGGCACCGACCUUUGAAGAGCCGCUCCCUCCGCCUCCGCCAGACCCCGUCGUGUCGCCGUCGCCAGUGGCGCCAGUGGCGGCACCUGUCGUGUCACCUCCACCGGUCGCCACCGGAGGAAGUUUUGAGGUGAACCAGCGGGUGCUGUUCCGUGGGCAAGGAGGCACCGUGCGGUACAUUGGAGAGACGAACAUUGGGGUUGGGGAAUGGAUCGGAGUGGAGAUGGAUGAUGAGAUUGGAACACAUGAUGGCAGCCUCUUCGGUGUUCGCUACUUCACUUGUGCGGACCGGAAGGGGGUCUUUGCACAACCUUCGCAGUUGCAAGGUGCAUAACUCGACCUCAUCGAGGGAAUCCCAAAAGAUGAGGUGCAGGUGUAUGAUUUUCUAAUAAUUCGAUCAACGACCAUGCCAGCAAGGAUCAAAA